CAACAGCUGAAAGAUAAAAAUCAUCCUGUGAACACAACUCAGUGCUACAGCCACUAAAUUCACUUGCAUUCAUUUGCAUGCAAUAUUUUUACCUCACAGCUGCUAAGCAAAUUAGAACUAUAUGAGAAAAUUAAAAGGUUUGAGGGUGUGUAUUCUUGGGCUUUAAACAAGGAUGUCAACACUGAGAUGUUCAUAUCCUGAAUGAUUACAUUCCAGGCAUGUAACAAAUUACCAAGCAGUUUUAACUCCUGCAGCUGGCCAAUAGGGUUCUAUUUCCUGCCUCCCAGCUGUCUACAUACAGUGCUCUUUCACACUGCUGCAUGAUUCAAGUUACUCCCACAGAAGUCAUGGACAGGAAAGCCAAGAGCAUUAGCUACUUCGUGCGAAGAACAAUGGUUAAGCAGUUAGUGAACCCUGGGGCUAUCAGGAGACACAUUUAACUUUGUUUUUACUUGAACUUGAACUCACGGACUUGCUGUUUUGAACUGUGGAUUUACUUUAUUACACACAACAAGCUGCUGAUCAUGUCAAUCCCAGAGGAGGAUCUUACAUGCCCAGUAUGCUGUGACAUCUUCACGGAUCCUGUUCUGCUGGCAUGUAGCCACAGCUUCUGCAGGAUCUGUUUGAAACGCUGUUGGGACACAGGCUUACGAGAGUGUCCAGUUUGUAGGAAGAGAGCCUCCAAGUCCAAUCCUCCGUCCAAUUUGGCUCUGAAAAACGUCUGUGAGGCGCAUCUGCAGGUCAGGAGGCAGAGUUCGGUGCACUUGGAAGACGAGAUGAACUGUAACCUGCAUGGGGAGAAGCUGAAGCUCUUCUGUCUGGUUGACAAACAGCCCAUCUGCAUGGUGUGUCAGUCGUCUAAGCUGCACAAAACUCAUGACUGCUCACCUAUAGAAGAGGCCCUAAUGGACUGCAAGGAUGAACUCGCUUUGUCCCUCAAGAGAUUGCAAGACAAACUGGACAACCUCAAAAGAAUCCACAGGACCUCUGCGGACAUGUUAAAAUACAUCAAGGCUCAGACACUGGAAACACAGAAAAUGAUUAAGAGCCAGUUUGAGCAGCUCCAUCAAGUCCUCUACCAUGAAGAGUCGGUGAGGUUGGCAGCUGUAACAAAAGAAGAAGAAGAGAAGCUGGCAGGAAUGAAGGAUAAGAUUAAAGAGCUCUCAGCUGAGGUGCUUUCCCUCACAGAGACCAUCUCAGUCAUACAGGAACAGCUGAAAGAAGAGGAUCUAGUUUUGCUGAAGAAUUUUAAAGCCACUCAGGACAGGAGUGAAAGCAUGGUGCUCGGGUCAGACAACAUGUCCGGGUUGCUGAUUGAUGUUACCAAACACCUCUGCAACCUCAAGUAUCAAGUCUGGGAGAAAAUCCUGGACCAUGUUGACUAUACUCCUGUGACUUUAGACCCAAACACAGCACACCCCUGCCUCAUCCUGUCUGAAGACCUCACUUCCCUGCACUACUCAAAGCAACCCAGCUGUUGCCCUGACAACCCCGAGCGCUUCCACAUGAGUGCUGAAGUGGUGGGCAUGACUGCACUCGGCUCAGGAAGCUACCACUGGGUUGUGGAAACAGGAAGCAAUCAUGACUGGCUCCUUGGCGUGGCCUCAUUGUCUGUAUCGAGGAAUGCUGAGAUCCCCGCUCGGCCUGAAAAUGGCUUCUGGACUUUAUGUUUCAGGGACGGAGAGUUCAGGGCGAUGACCUCUCCACCCACCCCGCUGACAGUCUCAAGAACGCCCAAACAGGUCAAAGUGCAAUUGGAUUACAACAAGGGAUUGGUAUCCUUCCUUGACCCGGCUGACAACACGCUCAUAUAUGCAUUUACAGACACAUUCAAAGAACCUUUAAUUCCGUAUUUUUAUACACAGAGCAGUCUUCCAUUGAGAAUUAUGCCAGAGAAGGUACUUGUCACAAUGUUGAGACAAUAAAUUCAGAAGUUCUUUAUUAUUAACGUGAUGAGAAAAUGUUUUCUUAGAGUUUUUUCCAUGAAAUAAAUGUGAACAAAUAUAAA